UAAAUCAAAAUUCCUCACACUCUCACGCACUUUGGUCUCUGAAUUCUGGACCUUCUCAUCUCGGGCUCGGCUUCUCCGCAAGAGUGCGACUGUACGAGACCGCGACGCCGACUUCGCUUCUCGGCUUCUCCACUUCGGCCUCACGCCCUCCAGCUUCCACGGCGAGUUGGCGAACUCCGGUCAGGUUGUAAGCGGUCACUCCCUCGCGGCCUCACUCUCUCACGCCCUCCAGGCUCCGUCGUCUGUCCUCCGAGGCUCCGACGCUAACGCCUUCCAGCCUUAGCUCCUCAGCCUCACGUCCUCAGCGGACGCCGGUUGCCCAGACGGCCGAGUCAACCCACUCAACCAGUCGGCAGUCAGGUGUGAAGGAUUUGAAGAAUUUGAAGGCUGAAGCUUGGCACCAUUACAAGGUUGAAGAAUGCAAUCAACUGAGUAAUCUGCGAGUUGAAGAAAAAACGAAUGGAUAUCUCAUUCGCAAAAUUGCAAUCUAAAUUCAACAAUUUCCAGUUCCGUCCAUCCCUUCCACCGCACCACUGCUGGGAAAAGGAUGCAAAACUUCUAGUUUCGCCAUUUCUAAUUCCGCAAUCGAAUGUGCAUUAUGCAAACUAUUGUCGUUGCUCUUAUUUUAAGCAACCAAUCUGGAGAAUUUCAAGAACUAAUAAUAUAGCAUUGAGUACAAGAAUACACUCAUGUGCAUCCUGGCCUUCUUCCUACCCAGAAAUGAAGUUUGGUCGAAUGCCUGGAGAUUAUAAUAUGUUCAAACACAAUAGAUUGCCAAGGUAUAUUGCUGUCAGAUCUGAACUUGUUGGUACUGGCUCUGCAGGUGCAGCCUAUCCACUGCCAGAGCUGCAGUUUGGCUCAAAAAUCCGAGGAAUUGGCUUCUAUGCAGCUACCGCUUUCUCUGCCUUUUUUUUGUUUGUGCUAAUGCUUGCUGCACAUCCUUUUGUACUCUGUUUUGAUCGCUACCGUCGAAAAAUUCAUCACCUUGUUGCUAUGGUCUGGGCAACUCUGACUGUCUCUCCAUUUUAUAAGAUCGAGGUUAAGGGAUUGGAGAAUCUGCCUCCUGAUGAUACUCCUGCUGUGUUUGUAUCCAACCAUCAGAGCUUUUUGGACAUUUACACUCUCCUUACUCUUGGGCGAAGCUUCAAAUUCAUUAGCAAGACUGCUAUUUUCCUCUUUCCUAUCAUUGGUUGGGCCAUGUAUCUGAUGGGAACUAUUCCCUUGAGGCGUAUGGACACCAGAAGCCAAUUGGAUUGCCUUAAGAGAUGCAUGGAUCUUGUCACGAAGGGAGCAUCUGUUUUUUUCUUCCCAGAGGGUACUCGGAGUAAAGAUGGAAAGCUAGGGGUUUUCAAGAAAGGUGCAUUCAGUAUUGCUGCAAAAACUGGAGUUCCUGUUAUUCCUAUAACCCUUCUUGGAACUGGAAAAAUCAUGCCUGCAGGAAUGGAGGGCAGAUUAAAUUGUGGGUCAGUUAAAGUUGUGAUUCAUCAGCCUAUUGAGGGAAAUAAUCCAGAAGCAUUAUGUAGUGAGGCAAGGAAUGUGAUAUCAAAUCAGCUUAAUCUCCAAGGAUGAGAGAUAUGAGCAGUAUUCUAGUUUCCACUUUAGGAUCAAAAGGUUUAAGGUUUUUCUGUCUUAAAAGUUACUCUCCAAGGUUUGCCAAUCCUUUAAAGCAGACAGCUAAUUUCUUCAUUCCCUACAUCUCUUCUUCUUCUUUGCGAUUAUUUAGUUGUAAUACUUUUUUCUUAUGUUUUGCUCUUUCGAAUGCCAGCCAGUUCUUCCUCAAGUGACAAUCCGAUGCUUGUGCAGUUCUUUAAAGAAUGUUACAACUUCCAAGUGCAAUAUGCCACAACAUAACAACCUUCACUUACUCCUCACAAGGUCUCAUCACAUUUACAAACUGUCUGAAAAUAUGUGAUUGUCAAUUUUUUUUUGUUAAAACUUUUUUGAGAAGUGAUAAUGAACUACAUACUAUUAAGCAAUAUCACUUGGGUUGAAAUUUCAAAAGAAACCAUGCUUGUGGAGUUAGUUCCCUAGUGUAUAAUUGAUUGAUUGUGGAUUUGUGGAGGUAUAAUUUACUCAUUUAUCAGGUGGCGAUUUUGUAA